GACAUCAACUAGAUCAGUAGACCCCGAUGAUUUCAUAUCAGAACAUUUAAGUAUGUGAUAUCCGGUUUUUAUUUGUCGUACAAAUAUUAUUCUGGAUUAAUUCAUGACGGAAAAAGUGAUUAAUUAUUAUUUCCGCUACAAAAAUUAAAUGACAAAUGUCAUCCUUGACACGAUGCUGUACCAUGUCGCUAUUCUUUUGUUCGUUAUUACGUGAAUUGUUGGUUUGCAAUAGGUUAGUGCACCGGGAAAGCGAAAGUGUGUUGUAUAGAUUUUUGUGGGCGUUAGUGUUGAAGAUGAUAUAGAAGUUCACCUCAUUAACAAAUUAUAAAGGCGCCCCUCUGCACAAGUGUCCUUGACUGAUCAGCAAGGAGAGAGAAAUACAGAUCUGAAGAUGAGUAGUUCUGAAGAGGUAUCCUGGAUCUCAUGGUUUUGUGGCUUAAGGGGCAAUGAGUUCUUCUGUGAGGUGGACGAGGAUUACAUUCAGGACAAAUUCAAUCUGACUGGCUUGAAUGAGCAGGUGCCCCAUUAUCGACAGGCUCUAGACAUGAUACUCGACCUCGAGCCAGAUGAUGAGCUGGACGACAAUCCGAACCAGUCAGAUCUGAUCGAGCAGGCGGCGGAGAUGCUGUACGGCCUCAUACAUGCUCGGUACAUAUUGACCAAUCGGGGGAUCGGCCAGAUGAUCGAGAAAUACCAGUCAGGAGAUUUUGGCCACUGCCCGCGGGUGUACUGUGAGAGUCAACCUAUGUUGCCUAUCGGAUUGUCAGACAUACCUGGGGAGGCGAUGGUCAAGACAUACUGUCCCAAGUGCAUGGAUGUUUACACACCGAAGUCAUCACGUCACCACCAUACGGACGGUGCUUAUUUCGGCACUGGUUUCCCGCAGAUGCUUUUUAUGGUGCAUCCAGAAUAUCGUCCAAAACGUCCUGUUAAUCAGUUUGUCCCACGUCUGUAUGGCUUCAAGAUUCAUCCACUUGCAUACCAGAUCCAGCAACAGGCAGCCAGCAAUUUCAAGGCCCCACUUCGUGCUAUCAGCUACAACAAUGGGAAGCGUUAACAUUUGGACUGGCACCUGAGAGAGCUUUUUCAGCUUUUUUCUUAGCAUCAAUAUUUAAUAGAUAUUCGUUCUUUGUCUUUGUAGGUUAAUGUAAUAUUACAUGGGAUACUGCCAAAUUUAAUCACAGUGUACUUGUCAUACAUUGUGUUGUGGAGUGCUUCGUGUUUUAUCAUUCCUCUUGUGCUGAAAUUAGUCCAGAAUAAUUUGUGUGUAUUUAUGUCUGGUACAUUUACAUCUUGGAAAAAUUGUCUCAAUUGUGUUUACUGCUUUGUUAGGUGAAUUUCAUUAAUUUAAUGAUUUUAUGAACAGAAUAUGUAACAGUUCAUUGUUGUCGUCGAAUAUCACAUGACAUUAUCUUCCCCUUUUAUGCGCUGCACCCAUUUCAUAUUGUUCAUAGGAAUGAUGUAUUGCAACUAUUUAUCUUUUCCAUAUUUGUUUUCAGCAUCAGGGAUUGUAAUUUUGAGAGAGGUUUAUUCAAUCUAAUUGGAUAAAAUUUUUUCGGCUUGAUGCUCAUUCAUAUAGAUGAAUAUUUAAAGACAUAAGAACUGGAAAGAAAAUUUUAGGAAGUAGUGGCACAAUAAGACACUUAUUUACACAUACUAGAACUUUCAGUUUCCUAAUUUUUUAUUUAAAAGAUUCAUAAACCUUCUUAUUUUGUAAUAAUACAAUGCUGGGAACUGAGAGGGGGGCUUGGGCUUUGUAGAGGCAGAAGGGAUUGGAAAAAUUCUCAGGAUAUUGAUUGUAGUGAGGAAAUUGUAAUUUGUACUGAUAAAUUUCUUAACAACCACGUGGUUUAAUGAACACAAUAGGGCUGCCACCCAUGUUUGUGAUAUGUAACUAUUAUUACAGUGUACAUUAAAAAGUAUUUUAAAAAUAUCCCUACAAAUUGAAGGAAAAAUAAAGUUUAAGCUGAUGUUAUAAAUUUAUUCUGAGAGCAUUUAAAGUUAUAAUGAUACGUAAUAUGAGCGUACUCACACAUUGAAACAAGAAAUUUGUUGGUAUGGCACUCGUGUAACAGAGGGCCAUACCAGAGGAUAUUUUUUACAUUGGUAAUUGAAAGUUACCAGAAAGAUAAAUUAAUUAAUUCAACAGGCAGUUUAGGUUUGGGUAUAAUUGAAAACAUGUAAGCCUUUGUAUCAAUACUGGUAAUGUGACACCAGACUACAUGGGUCCAAUUAAUGGCAUUCUGACUUCGUGUGAAAAGUUUAUGAUUUUCAUUUUUUAAAAGAAUUUCCGCAUAUGGAAGGGAGUAGGGUUUAAAACAGUUGGGUGUCAAAUAUUGUUACCAUAAUUGUUUGAGAUCCUCCUCUUGUCCAAAUUAGUGCAUAUUUGGUAAUCUAACUAUUUAUUGAAAUAUAAGAUGCAAUUAAGUGUAACCAUAGAAUGUCUCAUGACUGUGAACUGUUUAAUUAAGCUCUUGUAAUUGGAUUGUUUUUUCAUGAAUAUGGCAUUACUUUAUCAGAUAUUCAUGUAGGACCACGCUCAAUGAUUGCAUGAUGCUUUGGAGGAUUGAAUACUAUGGAACUUAAUUUUUAUUAUAGUAAUUGGAUAUUAUUAUAUACAAGCAGAGUAUUUUUUAAAAAUUGCUGUAGAUGGUUACAUACUUCUGGGUGAUUUCACGCAUGAAACAGAAAUAAGUUUGGGAAUGACUGUUGUUUAUGGAUGGAUCAUUUCAAUAAAUAUGUAUGUUAAUUCUAAGAGUUUCCCAAAGAAUAUGGUAUUCAGCGAACAACUGAGCUGCUCUGCUCUUGGUAUCAGAUAAUCUUUCACUCUCAUAAUAGCAAGAGUGGAGUCACUGUUCUGUAUCAGUUUUACAGUGUUCUUAUAGCAUCGUUUGUAAUUGUCUCUCUGCAUUAUAAGAUUAUUGGGAACAAUGUACCAAAAUCAAAUCACUUAUUUUAACAAGUGUUAAUCCAUUACUAUUGUGGUGAUAAUUUUGUGGGUCAAAGGGAAACAAUGUAGGUGUGAGAAUAUUAUAAUUGCAGACACAGGAAGUCGGUAAAUGUGUAACAGCAAAUAAGCAUUGUAUUAUGCUCACUUCUGUUUAUUCUCUCAUACUUUUAAACAGAAUUAAUUUUCUCAUAUGUCAAAUUAAUGAGAUUUGCUGUGUUUGGUUCUUGUUAUAUGCUGACAAGCUUCACAGUACUUGAGUACAAAAUUUACACAAGUGUUUGCUGACACAACUGUUUGGAGAAAUAUGGUAAUAAAUUACCAUUUAACAGAAUGUAUGUAUUGUCUGCAUCUUUUAGCUAUUCCGAUAAUAUGAUUAAAAAAAUGGGUAUUUCCACAAUGCACUUUUCAGCAAUUGUUGACACCUUAGUUUUAAACUUUCAUUAUUUCAUGUCAUUAAACUAGAAAGUAUUACUAGUCAGUCAUAAAAGGUUUUACACUUUGCAGGUAUAAAAGGUACGUGCAUCAACAACACUUGGUCUCGCACAGUAAUUGUAAAUAAAUAUUUUUGAAAUGUGUUCUUAAUUAAGAUAAAAAUAUUGUGCUACUUCAAAUAUAAACUUUACCUUAUUCAGUAGGAACUCAAGCCAUGUGUGUAAUUAGUACUAGUUUCAAAUGUUACUUCAGGUCUGAACUUCUUUACUUUCUCCGUCUUUGUCAAUAUUAAAUAAGAUUUCUGUUCCUUUGUAGUGUUGUACACACAUAAUUUGUAUGUUCAGUAUUUGUUGCAAUUACAAGUUUACUCUGUAUUCAUUACAGUACUUGUAUUACUCUCUUUAGUACAAAACUUGCCUUGCAAUGUAAAAUUUCUUAAUAAAUGAAAUGUCACAUA